ACAACAACCUUACGCAUCACUUAAUUUAUAUUAGGCGACUCCAAACAUUUAUGAGUCACACAAUAAUAAUCAAGUGACACUUUACAUUUUUUCUGAACUUAUUAUACUACCUAUAGUCUCGCCUAAUCUAUACGGGGUGACUCCAUAGGCUAAUGUGUAACAUAUUUUUAACAUGUGACUCUAAAAGGGCGACUUUUAAAGGUGCAAUUUUGUUUCUUGUGGUGUUGGUGAGACAUGGACAGAGUACGUGGAUUGUUGAGGGAAGAUUUCAAGGUAGCUCGAAUUUCUCUGUUGUUACUACUAAGGGCGAAGCUCAAGCUGAAACUUCUCGCCAGAUGCUUCUUGAUGAUUCCUUUGACGUCUGCUUUACCAGGAUUGACUUAGCUGGGUGGCAGAGAGACUAUCAGGGGAUGAGAUUUCAAUGUUUGCAAAGUUAUGUUGGUCCUCUUGGACUAGCAGGAAUAAUGUCAUUAAUGAGCCGUCAACACACGAUCCUAUAAUGCUAACUACAGGUUUCACCAGGUAUGUCUAUGACUGUAAUUCAUAUGCUGCUAGAAUCUUUACUGAGGUGAAAAGAAGUGAUGCAUAGUCUAUAUGAAUUUUCUACUAUAUUUGAAGGAUAUGAUCUUAUGCUGAUAAAAAAUUAAUAUUGCUUCUUGUAAUUUUCUAUUUCUUAAAGUAAAUAGAAGUUUGUUAAAAAUAAAUCAAUUAGUCUUAAAAGUUUGCUUUUUCUCUUGAUUAAAAAGUAGAUUGAAAGUUAAUAAAAGUAAACCAGUUAGACUCAUAUGUUAACAAAAGUAAACAUAGUUGGAAGACUUCAAACUCUAUGCAUUUGUUGUCUUAGAGGGAGCUGGGUCUGUUUAGGUGAGUACAGGGGAAUGAUUUGUUUUAUCUCGUGAGAAAUGGGUGCACCCGUCUGAUGGGAGGGUGAGAGUGAACACAAAUGCUGCAGUUAUGGAGGAGAUUGGCGUGGGGAUGGGGUCUGCAUCCGGAAUUUGGAGGAGAAGCUGCUUGAUGUGGCUGUUGAAUAUGUGAAGCUCGUUAAGGCUCUAGCAGCAAGCUAAGCAUGGGAGUGAGCCAGUGAGGCUUGCUAAGAGGCUUGGAUUUAAACACAUUGAGUUAAAAUGUGAUACUCUUGAAUUUGUCAAGGCUAUAUGGUUGGAGCCUCCUAGCAGAUUCUCAACAAACAUAGUGAUUGAAGAUAUUACAUUUAUGUGAUUUGUAGAACCCUAGAAGAUGAUGCAAAUUCCCUCAUGAGUCUAUUCCUUUUUGCUUCAUUAUUUUCAUUAUUCUUAUUAAUAUCAAUCAUUAUGCUUAUGUUAUACUUUAUGAUAUGUAUAUGCGUGAUUUAAGUAUAUGAAUGAAGUUGGACUGAGUUAGUGUGGCUAUUAAUAGCUCAUCUUUGUUUACAUUGGGUUUAAGAAUACAAAAGAUGAAUAAGGUUGGAAAAUGUAGAUUCCUAUAUCAAUUUUCUAAAGCAAAUAAAAAAGUAUUUAAAGUGAACAAAAAAAACUCUAAAGUAAACCUAUUAGCUCAAGUGGUAGAGCACUAUGCGGAUGCAUAGAGAUGUAGGUUCGAUUCCUACAUAACUUACCUCUAAAAGUAAAUACAAAACAUUCUAAAGUAAUUCAAAACAUCUCAAAAGUAUAUUAAAAAAACUAAAAUGUAAAUCAAAUUAGCUCUAAAAUAUACAAACAAUAAAUUGGGUUUGGAGGCCUCGACUUUUCAUUAAAUCGAAAAACUUCAAACACUACUACAAAAAUUGGCGAAGAGGCCCGUUAAAAUAUGCCUAACAGACCGCUUCAUAACGGGUCUCUUUGAUAAAGAGACUCGUUCAUUAGAGAGGGUCUGUUUAUAAGGUCAAAAAGACCCGUUAUGUUUGAUAACGGGUCUGUUAUGUUACUUAUAAAAUAAAUAAUUUAGAAGAAAAAGGGACCUGUUAUUUAAGAUAUGGGGUCUGUUUAGAUGUUUAGUGUUAUCAAACAGACCUAUCAUUUCACAUACCGGGUCUUUUUGUUCUCUUGUUUUUAAAAAAAAUAAUUAUUUUUGCUUUAUUUUAUGUGGUUUGGCAGCUUUGCAUUUAAAUUUUGAAAAUUUUGUUUUCAUGUUAAUAAAAAUGGAGGAAAAAUAAAAAAUUGUAAGUUACACUCUACCAUUGAAAAUAACAAUGGGUUAAAUUAAAAUUGAAGUGAUACAAAUAAUCAUCCUGACAUACAAUUACAACGAAAAAAAUUAUUUUAAGUUAGUGAAAUUUAAUUACAAUUAUAAUUACAUCAACAAGGCUUGAGUACUCCAUUUUCUUUCUCCUUUAUUUGAGAAUUCAGUCACGUAAA